GAAGGACCCCGGAAGUAGAUUUCAGAAGUUCGAUAUACGUAAGUCAGAUUGAUCUGUUGCUCUGCGGCGUUAGAACGGCAUCUGUUGUACCCAAGUCAGUGGAUAAGGCAUUGAGGUCGCUACUGGAAAAAGGAGCGGGGCCCCGCUUCUCACCCAUAUCGUGUUUGAGAGAAAGACGGCGAGCCGGCUCAUGAUCUGGAAGACGCUAACACGCCGAAGAUAGGAAGCGGCGGCAUAAAGGUGAGGUGGGAACGAGACAUAAAGGAUUUUGAAGGGAUUGUAGGAAUACGAUUACCUUGUAUUCUCAGUGUCUCGGGGUGGAGUCCCCUCGUUCAUCUCGUCUGGCUGCCUCAAGUCCAGGGAUGCAGUGAAGCUGCCCGCGUUUGCAAUGCUGCUGAUUGCCUAUGUCUCUUUCCUGCUCCUCCUCGCCGUCUGCCUGGGCUUGGAGUUCUCCGCCUGCCGAGCCAAACCGGGGCCUGCCACCAACCCGGCCUUCCGCCAGUUCCAGCUGCACUUCUACCGGGUCUACUUCCUGGCCCUAUGGGCCGACUGGCUGCAGGGGCCAUACUUGUACAAACUCUACCACCAUUACAACUUUCUGGAGUCGCAGAUCGCCAUCAUCUAUGUGUGCGGUUUUGCCUCCAGCGUACUGUUUGGUCUGGUGGCCGGGUGGCUGGUGGACCGCAUUGGCCGGCGCCAGGCUUGCAUCCUGUUUUGCGCCACCUACAUAGUCUGCUGCCUCACCAAGCUGUCGCGGGAUUAUUUCAUGCUGAUCCUGGGCCGUGUCCUGGGGGGCUUGUCAACCUCCCUGUUAGCAACGGCCUUCGAGGCCUGGUAUGUCCACCAGCACGUGGAGACCCACGACUUCCCUAAGGAGUGGAUCCCCGAGACUUUCUCACAAGCCGCCUCGUGGAACCACGGCCUGGCCGUGGCGGCCGGCUUUGUGGCGACUUUUUUUGCAGAGUGGCUCAGCCUGGGACCCGUUGCCCCCUUCCUCGUCGCUGUGCCAUUCUUGAUGCUUUGCGGCGGCCUGACCUUAAGGGACUGGGAGGAGAACUGGCACCCGGGGGGCGUGGCGCAGACCAAGUUCACGAGGUCUUGCGUGGAAGGACUUCAGUGCCUCCUGGCGGACAGCAGGGUCCUGCUACUGGGGGGAAUCCAGGCGCUGUUUGAAAGUGUCAUCUACAUCUUUGUAUUCCUCUGGACGCCUGUCCUGGACCCUCACGGGCCCCCGCUUGGCAUCAUCUUCUCCUGCUUUAUGGCCUCGUGCAUGAUCGGGGCCUCUUUAUACCGGGUGGCCACCUCCAAGAAGUACCUCCUGCAGCCCAUUCACCUGCUCUCCCUGGCCGUCCUCCUGGCUUUCUUCGCACUCUUCAUGCUGACCUUCUCCACUUCGCCCGGACAGGAGGCGCCCUCGGAAUCCUUCUUGGCCUUCCUGGUCAUCGAGCUGGCGUGCGGCCUGUACUUUCCUUCCAUGGGUUUCUUGCGAGACCGCAUCAUCCCCAAGAAGCAGCGGGCCGCCGUCCUGGCCUGGUUCCGCCUUCCCCUGCACCUCCUGGCUUGUAUGGGUAUGCUGGCCCUGUAUGGCAGCGGAGACGGCAUCAGUGGUACGCGGCACAUGUUUGUGGCCUGCGCUGGGCUGAUGCUCGCCGCCCUGUUGGCCGUGGUUAGCUUAUUCUCUGUGAUCCGCCACGACACUGAGCUGAGGCUCGAUGGCCAGGAGGGAAUGCAGCAGAACGGCCCGGUGCCCUCUGGCCUCUGAGUUGUUGAUGUCGUUGUGUGGAUUAUCCAAUGACUUGAACCUUGAGAGGUUAUAGCGCCUUGCAGGGAUGCCGUUUGUGCCGAAAUCUGCCGACUCGGAGUGAACAAUAAAGUUGGCCCUCACUCUGGCGUCCAUGACAGCCAAGUUAAGACACGAUUGGUCAGGGGUGCCGUGCUGUGCUGAUCCUUCCCCUUCUCACCAAACGGAAAACCCCGAUUGGCUGCUGGAGUUUGUGUUCUGUGGACCAACUCCAUACACGUGGGGCUGGUCCUGCGGGGGGGGGUCUGGUCUGUGAAUGUAAACGCGUCCUUGGCUUGCUUUGUUUUAGGCCGAAUGUAUCUGCCUGUUGGGAGCGGUGGGGUGUACCUUAUUCGGGAUCUGGGAUUUUGUGUGAAUAAUGUAAAAAAAAAAAAAUAAGUCAAGGGGCUAUGAAAUGAAAAGGGGGCAUUCAUUGGGUCUGAUUUUUUUAUUUUAAAUGUAUUCCAGCCCUGCUUGUUUGCACCCUUCUUUUUUCUUUUUUUUUUUUUUUUUUUUGCACCUUCGGCCGUGAGACUGUGAAUACGCACCUUGUAUAUUUCCAAAAAAAAAAACAAAAAAAAGGUGGUUUGUUUUAGGUACCCCACUUGCAACGGAUUUUUUUUUUGUUUAAAUUUGGCUGCCUUCCACUGCUGAAGGGGCAAAACUGCACAGGCGGACACCCCUGGGUACCAAAAAAGGCAGUGGGGGAGGGGUGUCUCGUAAAAUACUCCACCCUAGUGUUGGGGCGUCUUUAAAAAAAAAUUAAAACAGAUGAAGCUCUGUGGUGCCAAUACUGUCCUGUAAGUACAAAUGACCCUGCAGGGGUGAGGUGGGGUGUUUUUAGGGGAGGGGCUUGGUUCAGGCAAAAUAAGCCUACAGUGUUUACAACUUUUUAGAAGUGAAUUAAUAGGAGAAGUGCGGGGUGGUGGUCCGUAAUGAAGUCAGCCUGUAAACUUUCCUGUAAGAAGUGUGAUGCAUGAAAGGUGCAAAGCAGUGUUUGGGUUUUAUUUUUAUAUUACGCUCCCCCCCCCCCCCAAAAAAGAAA